AUGCCGCAUGAAGAACGGGUUUGGGAUGCUGAACAGGUGCUGCGUAUGCGCCAUGACUUCAACCGCGGACGCGCCGUUGUCGAUUUUCGCAUACCGUCGUGGGUUGUCCGUACACCAGAUCUCCGCAAGGAUACCUGGGUUGACCAGAUCAAGCGCUACAAGGUCGGAUCCAUCCAGUGGCUAAUCGCGCACAACUGCAAUCAGCUACCAGCAUCGCCCGACUCGUGUAAGACCGUUUCGUUGCAGCUUCCGCCAGUUUUGACUUUGACGCUCUCGGCUACUCCCAGGCAGAGCACAAAGGAGAGAUUAUGGACCUCCCUGCGCAACUUGACGAUCGGCACUGGAGGGAAGCAUUCAGACAUACCUAUCAUGCUAUCGCCGAUUCAUGCGCCGAUUUCGGAGGAGCCGCCUAACACUAAAACUGAAGAUGCACGACCCACAUUCAGCCUUAAUCCGGAUUGCAAAUUGCCACUUGAGCUCUGGUGGACAAUCAUUGACGAAUUCCAGCAUGACUGGCUCGCAUUAUUUGCAUGCAGCGUCGUCUGUCGGUCGUGGCGUGCUCGUACCCAGAUUUAUCUACCCCAGGGCUAUCGACGCACCGUGGAGCUCUAUAGCCAGAGAGACGUAGCCAGUCUUUCGAGGUUCGCUCGCGUCCGCAAGCUGCAAGCACGGACGGUCCAGAUUCAUGGAAGUCGCCAUUCCGGCUCGAUAGCGCACCUCGGAACGUUCGCGGCGAUGCUCUCGGGGCAACUGCGUCAUCUCAACGAGCUGCAUGUCAUGUACGGCGCUUGGCAGACGGCCACAGUGGACACAUGUUCUCUUUUCCGAUGUCUCUCCACGUAUUCGACCAUUCGACAUCUACGGCUCUGCGGCGUCACAUUGCCGUCCACAACGUCCCUCCUCCGCUUGUUAUACUCUCUCCCCCGAUUACGCUCCUUCGACUGUGUUGAUGUAUCAACGACAGACAGGAACUCUGGGAACCGAGCGAGCGCACAUUCCGCCCGGCUCUGCAAGAUCGAGGCGUUUGUUCUAGAUUGCUCUGACAUGGACGACAUAUUCGACCUCUUCGCCGCGGCUAGCCUUGCGGAGUAUAGCGGUACCGUUGAACUCGGUAUACACUCCGCUCGCGACGUUGAAGAUGGCGAGCGAACGCAUUUCGCGAGAUUCACUAGGAGCUUGAUCUCUGUCUCUCGGCUCACGAUUGUACUCCGCGAUGCGGAUAUGUCUGACGAAGCACUAGCGACGUGCCUUUCAUUGGCGCAGCAUCACUGCGAACGACUUGAAUAUCUCAUCAUUCAAGCCAUCCCUCGUGCAAGCCCCAUAUUCGAGUUCUCGUUCAUAUCUGCUAUCCUGUCGUUCGUGGCCACCAACAUCACCAAACGAUUUAUCAUACUUGAUAUACAACGCGGGUACUUACACGGAAGCCAACCAAUGGAUUUCAUGGAUACGACAUCAUUCUCAGAAGGAAGACGAGGUGCUGACCAAGUACUCAUGGUCAAGUUCCAAGACCGCAAGGCUACACGUCCCGCGAUACUGCGGAGAGCGUUCGUCACUCUGAGCAUACCGUCGUGGGUGGCUCGCGCCCCGGGUUUCCGGGAGGACGUAUGGAUUCGACAGAUUAGGCAGCACGUAGGCAUUUUGGAGCGGCGAGACGAUCUAGACAUCGGCGAGAUAUACUUCCGGUGA